AUGUCGCAACAAAAUAAUCAAAAUUUGCCCCCUUCAAAUUUACCUAAUGCGCAACCGACUGCCGACGAUGCUAGUAAUACGACGGACGAUCAGCCUCCGCAAACUUUACAGGAAAACCGACCGCGAGCUCAACAACUUCCGCAACGAACACAAUCCUUAUCGCAGGCGCAAGGAUCAGCGUUACCUCAAUCAAACGUCGCUCAGCAACAAUCAGCGACUCCCCAAAUACAGCCGGCUCCCAGUCCAAAUGUGAGGUCGCCAUCUGUGGCUCUAAGGGGUGGCGCAAAGAAGAAAGUUGCUGCUGGAAAUAAAAAGACAACCGGUGUUCGCCCUAAGCCAAUAACAACUGAGAAAAAUGAUGAUAUGGGAUUACCUCAGGCAUUGAGUAAAAUGGCCGAGGACUUUCUCAAUCAGGCCAAUCAGUAUGGGAAAGAUACUCUGGAAGGUCAAGCAGCUUAUAAAAAGUACGUAGAUUCGAUGCAGGCUUUGGAACAGCAUAAAAGGAAUAAUCAACUCGGUAAUUUUUCGUUUACUCCCCAACAAACUACAUCACCAGCAUCCACUCCUUCCCCUCACCAAAUGCCCCGAAUUAUUUCAUCAACAGGACCCUCGCCUUUAGCAUCGCAACAACCGAGGCUUUUAUUAAAUUCAGAUUAUAAUAAUAUACAAAGUUUUCAACAAUUAAAAAGUGAAAUGAGUAGGAUCAAUAGUUUAUUGACACAAGAAAAUUUAACACCUAAUAGUAAAACGGAUUUGUUGAAUCGAAUGAACACGUUAAAUCAAUUAUCCAUCGUAAAAUUCGGAACUAGCGCAAACGCUGGACCCAUGCAGCAUAUGUCACCUCAGUCACCCUAUAAUUCACCUAGAAGUUACAUGGGAACGCAAGGCAAUGAUUAUAGAAUGACAGCUGCUCCAUCUCAAUCGCCAUCUUCUCCUCUCGCGAAUUCCAACAGCGUUUCCUCAAGUCAUGCGCCAGACACUUCAAUUAUAACAUCACCUAAUCUACAACAGCAACAAGCAAUGCAACAACUUCAACAAUAUCAACAAUCACUCAAUAAUCCCCAAUCGCCUA